AUGGCUGCGACAGCCCAAAACCACAUGGAGCCCCUCCGCUCGGGCGAUGGGAAGAAGGACGAGGAUCGGGAUGACGAAUUGGAGUACUCCCCCUUCUACGGGAUCGAGAAGGGGGCCGUGCUCCAGGAGGCCCGCGUGUUCAACGAGGCGCACGCAGAUCCGCGAAGGUGUCAGCAGGUCAUCACCAAGCUGCUGUAUCUGCUCACGCAGGGCGAGAGCCUGACCAAGACGGAGGCGUCUGACGUCUUCUUCGCAGUGACCAAGCUGUUCCAGCACAAGGACGUGCACCUGCGGCGCAUGGUGUACCUGGUGAUCAAGGAGGUCAUCCCCGCCAGCGACGAGGUCAUCAUCAUCACCUCCUCCUUGAUGAAGGACAUGAACUCCAGCAACGAGCUGUAUCGCGCCAACGCCAUCCGCGUGCUGUGCCGCAUCAUCGACCCCACCAUGCUCCUCCAGAUCGAGCGCUACCUGAAGCAGGCGGUGGUGGACAAGUCGGCGGUUGUGGCCACGGCCGUGCUGGCGGGGGCCACCCUGCUGUCCCGCUCCGGCGCCGACGUCAUCAAGCGCUGGACCAGCGAGAUCGGGGAGGCCAUGGCCUCGCGCCAGCCCAUGGUGACCUACCAUGCGGUGGCGCUGACGCACGCGCUGCGCGCCGCAGACAGGCUGGCGGUGAACAAGCUGGUGACGCAGCUGACGCGGGGGGGCAACGGCGUGUCGCGCUCGCCCAUGGCGCAGUGCCUGCUGUCGUGCCUGCGGCACAAGUCGGAGGUGGUGAUCUUUGAGGCGGCGCGCGCCAUCUGCGCGCUGCGGGACGUGACCGCGCGCGAGCUCACCCCCGCGGUCACCGUGCUGCAGCUCUUCCUGUCCUCGGCCAAGCCGGUGCUGCGCUUCGCGGCGGUGCGCACGCUGAACCGCGUGGCCAUGGCCCACCCGCUGGCGGUGACCAACUGCAACAUCGACAUGGAGGGCCUCAUCUCCGACCCCAACCGCUCGGUGGCCACGCUGGCCAUCACCACGCUGCUCAAGACCAGCAACGAGUCCUCCAUCGACCGCCUGCUGAAGCAGAUUGGCGGGUUCAUGGGCGAGAUCGGGGACGAGUUCAAGGUGGUGGUGGUGGAGGCCAUCACCGCGCUCUGCCUCAAGUUCCCGGCCAAGCACCGCGGGCUGAUGGCUUUCCUGGCCGCAGCGCUUCGCGAGGACGGCGGGCACGCGUUCAAGCGCGCGGUGGCCGCCGCGCUGACGCGCCUGGUGGCGGAGAUCCCGGAGGCGCGCGAGGCGGGCCUGGCCCAGCUGGCCGAGUUCAUCGAGGACUGCGAGUUCACCUCGCUCUCGGUCCAGAUCCUGCACCUGCUGGGGCGGGAGGGGCCCACCGCCCCCGACCCCGCGCGCUUCGUCCGCCUGACGGAGGAGGAGACGGAGUACAAGGUGGAUGCGGUGGCCCACGUGCUGGCCGACCGCGUGGUGCUGGCCUUCACCGUGGUCAACACCGUGGCGGAGCAGGUGCUGGAGGGUGAGAUCGACCCGGGGCUGGGGGAGCCGGAGGAGGAGGGGUACGAGGACGAGUACAGCCUGGAGGACCUGGAGCUGGGCCUGGGCUGCUUCGUGGCCGGCGCGCCCGCGCCCGCCGGCUUCCGCGCGCUCUGGGACUCGCUGCCGGAGGACAGCGAGCGCGUAGACGACUACGCGCUGGGCGCGCGCGAGUCGCUGGCCGACGCCGCGCGCGCGCUAGGCGAGCUCUUCAACGGCUUCGCGCCCGUCGACGGCUCCGACGCCGUGCCCCCGGGCGCGCGCAGCCACGCGCUGCUCCUGGCGGGGGCGCUGCCCGACGGCGGCCUGCUGGCCGUGCGCCUGGCCCUGGGCCUGGACCGCCAGCGCAACGUCGCCAUGAAGCUGGCGGUGCGCGCGUCCGACAGCGACCUGGCCGAGGCCGUGCACGCCGUGGUGCAGGACGCGUAG